ACGAAGCGAGGCACUCAACAGCGAAGGAUGAGACGUUCAGGCUCAGCAACAGCAGCAGCGGCCGCGACCCUCGCGCGGCACGCGAACGCUUGCUGCCGUGCCCGUUCCCCGGCGCUUGGGCUGUUGCCGGGAGCCGCAGCCAGCAGCAGCACCCAUAGGGCGGCCUUAAGCAGCAACAGCGGCCACGGCGGAGACGGAAGCGGGCACUACGACGCAGCAAUGCGAAGACGGGAAAGCUGCGCCAGCAGGAGCAGGCAUAGAUGGAGUGGGCAAGAAGCAGCAGCAGCCUCGGCAACCACCACCACCGCGCGUAGGGCUCCGGGUGGGGUGGCGGGGGCAAGCGGGCAGGGGUCGGCGGCGGGGUCCGUGCGAGCCCUGAGCAGCUCUUUCUUGGCGGACGCUGUGCGGGAAACGGCCACCAACCACUGCAUCGAUAGGGUCGUGAACGGUGGCCUGGAUGGCUCCGUGCCUGUGGACAAGGACACUCCAACAGUGGAGGUGCAAGACUUCGUCUACGACAUCGAUUUCGCACAAAGGCCUUCAGGGGCAUCGCAGUCGCUGGCGGACGGGCCAGACCCUUUCGAGCUGGUGUCGGCAGAGCUGGCGGGCCUGAGCGACGGCAUCAAGUCCCUGAUCGGCACGGAGCACGCCGUGCUUAACGCGGCGGCCAAGUACUUCUUCGAGCUAGACGGCGGCAAGAAGAUACGUCCCACGAUGGUUAUCCUGAUGAGCCAGGCGUGCAACAGUAAUUCACAGCAGGUUCGACCGGAUGUCCAACCGGGAACAGAGCUGGUGAACCCGCUGCAGCUGCGGCUAGCGGAGAUUACGGAGAUGAUCCACGCCGCCUCCUUGUUCCACGAUGACGUCAUCGACGAGGCGGACACACGGAGGGGGGUGCCGUCGGUGAACAAGGUCUUCGGCAACAAGCUCGCCAUUCUUGCCGGUGACUUUCUGCUAGCUCGGUCGUCGAUGAGUUUGGCCCGCCUGAGAAGCCUCGAGUCCGUGGAGCUCAUGUCCGCCGCCAUCGAGCACCUGGUUAAGGGAGAGGUUCUGCAGAUGAGACCGACGGAGGAUGGGGGGGGUGCCUUUGAGUAUUACGUGAGAAAGAACUACUACAAGACGGGCAGCCUCAUGGCCAACAGCUGCAAGGCCUCUGCGGUGCUCGGCCAGCACGACCUCGAGGUGCAAGAGGUGGCGUUCGAGUACGGGAAGCGGGUGGGAUUGGCGUUUCAGCUCGUGGACGAUAUUUUGGAUUUCGAGGGGAACACCUUCACGCUGGGGAAGCCGGCGCUCAAUGACUUGCGGCAAGGCCUGGCGACCGCGCCUGUACUGCUUGCUGCUGAGCAACAGCCGGGGUUGGCCAAGCUUAUCUCGAGGAAGUUUAGGGGGCCCGGAGAUGUGGACGAGGCGUUGGAACUGGUGCACAGGUCGGACGGCAUCGCGCGUGCGAAGGAGGUGGCCGUCGUGCAGGCAGAGAAGGCAAUGUCCGCGAUCUUGACGCUGCACGACUCCCCCGCACAGAACGCGCUCGUGCAGCUAGCCCACAAGAUCGUCAACCGGAACCACUAGCCCUACGAUAAGUACUCUUUUCCUGGCGAACAGAAAGAAACUUUUGUUCUUUUUUUUUUUCGUUCGCAAGCCAACGAUGAUGACGAACCGCCGGUCUUUUCAUCAAGAUGUCCGACCUUGGUUGGCUGGUUUUGGGGGGCCUUGGCCGCACUAUCACGCGAAACGCUGCGCCAACGAAGUCCUCUUCCUUUCAUACUGCUGUGUGCUGGAUUGUGUUUCGCCAGGGUUAGUCAGACGCCGGAUAGGUCAUCGGGGAGAGACUGUUGACGCCGGUAUCUCGCGGCCCGUACGGUUUUGUAGGCACGGUGUUGUCGGCUGUUCGUUUUCUUGUGCUUGGUUGAUGUUGGGAGAAUGACCAAAGAUCUGUGGGGCGAGUGUGGUCGGUCUCCGUGAUGAAGGAUGGAUGCUGUGGCUGAGCCAGUGAUGCUGCCAUCGCCCCCCCCCCCCCCCCC